AUGCCAUCACGGCAACCGCCCUCGCCGUCUUCUUUGCCUCCGGCUCCGGCACCGGGCACGGCGGCGGUCCAGGCCCUCGCCGGCGCCGCGAGCUGCCUCCCCGCGGACCAGUCCUGCUUCACGGUCUCGGCGGUCUCCGUCGGUGCGCCUAGCUACUACUCCUCGCGUCACGACGCUGCCGCCGCCAUUGUCGGCACACACGCCUGCUGCAACACAGCCUCCUACAUCACCGUCCUCGGCAUCAGCUUCGGCUCCCUCCUCGUCAUCCUGCUCAUCCUGUGCGCCAUCCGGUGGUACCUCGUCCGGCGGUCCGCGAGCCGGGACGACGCUGCCGCCCAGCAGGCUACCGCCGCCGCGGCGGCGGAACCGGCGGAAAAGAAACAGCCCAAGGGACUGGAUGCUGACGCCAUCGCCGCGCUGCCGGAGUUCAUGUAUCGGCGGAAGGAGGACGCCGCCGACGGGAAGGAGGAGCGGGAGCUUGAGUGUGCUGUAUGCCUGGGCGCAAUGGCGGACGGCGACGCGGCGCGGCGGCUGCCGUCAUGCAUGCACGUCUUCCACCGGGGCUGCGUCGACGUGUGGCUAAGGGAGCGCUCGACAUGCCCGGUCUGCCGCGCCGAGGUGGACGUCGUCGUCAGAUCGUCCGGCGAGGGCUGUGACGGGAAGGACGACCAAGAAGGCGGCCCGUCAAGGGCGUCCACGUCGAUGGCGUGGACAGCACAGGAAGAGCUGAUAGACGAAGGGGAGAGGGACCUGGAGGCGCAGCUGUAGAGUGUAUUGGCAGAGGUACAUGCUAGGAGUAGCUUUGUCUUGUUAUUAUUCUUUUCUUUGUCAGGAAUAGUGAAUUAGUAAUAUAGAUGAUUUGGAUGGAAUUUGUAUAGGAUAUAAAUGUAUAUGUAGUGUAGUAUUCUACCUACGGAGUAUCCCAUAUAUACC